AUGGGUCUAAAUAUGAGCACAACAGAAGAAAUUAAAGAUAAACCAAGGGAGUCCGGAGGAGUUCCAUCUUACAAAGAGCGCACCGGUACCCACCAACAAAGGAGGAGCUCACAAAAGAGCUCCAGGAAACCUUGGAGUGUGCUAAAGCGGUGUUACCCAACUUUAGCUUGGAACCGCCAGUUGUCGCUACUAAAAGGCAAAGGUCAGCUGAAGAGGCUAAGCCGUCAGCUAAGCGGCCUAAAACAAGGGGCCCGGAACCGCAUCAUCAUUGGUGUUCUGGAUGAGGGAGACCCCGAAGGAAAAAUCCCAAGAACCCAAUGGAAAUGGGUACAGGCUGCGCUGGCUAACGUGGCUCUGGAAGUGCUAUUAAGCAAUCCAGGCCCGCCGCCGUCAUGCACAGAUGCUGGAUGGUACCAGGGUCAGAUCAAGCUAGUAGCUUGUGAUGACGAAAGGUCGGUGCAGCUAUAUAAAGCCGCUAUAGCGAAGGUGGGAGAGGUGUAUCCCGGAGCCAAGCUAAUAGCCGUCGACAAAAAAGACAUUCCGUCCAGGCCGAGGGCAAGAGUUUGGAUACCGGCUACACCAUCCCAGCCGGAACAGUUCAUGCAGCUGAUCAAAGCUUGCAACCAAAACCUACCAACAGAGCGUUGGAAAUUUGUGAAAGCUUUCGAAGAAGCAACAACUGAAUCAGGCGUGGAGACCAAAAGGGCCACGAUGCAGAUUCUGUUGUUGCUAACUAACGACUCAAUUGAACCGCUGAACAGAAGUGGCGGCGUAAUUAAUUAUGGCUUCACUAAAGUCAAAGUGAAGACCUACAAAGCAGAUGCCGGCGCUAUCGACCAACUUACCUCGGAUAACGAGGUGGGUGAGGUAGAGGAAGAUCCAAUGGAGUCCUCGAGCGAUAUCGACAGCCUCGAACAAGGUGAGUGCUCCUCAGAGUGUGAACUAGCGGGCAGGCUCUCAAAUUUAUAUACCGAGAAAGAGCUUUUCAGCGAUUAUCUAGAUGAUGUAGAUGUAACCAUAACUAAUGCAUCUCUUACAAAUAAAUCUUCACCAUAGCAAACUAGCGUCAGUAGCUCUAAUUAACCGCAUGGCAACAGAUCAGCCAGAGGACACUGCGAAGGUAAGAAUAGGACAUGUAUAUUGGCUAGGAAGGAUCUUAAUGUGUUUAUAUUAUACGAAUAUAGUGACAAGGACACCACGGCAGUAAGCUGGGAGACGGGCAGAGGUAGUUACCGGCUAGUCUCUUGCUACAUGCCAUACGAUGAGGAGCAGGUGCCAUCUCUGCUUAUAAAAAGGUUGGUACACGAUAGCAAAGCGUCCAAGAGGCCAUUAAUACUUGAAUGUGACUCAAACGCCGAUCAUUCACUGUGGGGCAGCUCUGAUACCAACGUAAGAGCUUUCAGCUUUAACUUUUUGAAAUGUGAUGGUAAAUUAAUAAUCUCUGGAGGGUCCCGUUUUUGGUGAAUCGCAGAGUUAUAUGAAUAUUAUAAUAUAUAUAUAUUUUCUUUCGUUUUUAAUGUUAUAGACUUUACAAGUCUCUUUUUAAAUAUAAUUUUCGUUUUUAUUAAAUUUUAAUAAUCACUGGAGGGUCCCGUUUGUGGUGAAUCGCAGAGUUAUAUAAAUGUUAUAAAUUUUUUCGCUAAUUUUCUAGCCUGUACGAGUCUCUUUUUAUAUAUAAUUUUCGUUUUUUAAUAAAUUUUAAUAAUCUCUGAAGGGUCCCGUUAGUGGUGAAUCGCAGAGUUAUAUUAAUGUUAUAUACUGGAGGGUCCCCCGUAGGUGGUGAAUCGCAGUAUGAUUUUUUUCUUAUUAUAGGGUGUACAACCCUGAUUUUAUAUAUCGAUAUUUAAAUAUUUUAAAUAAUAAUAUAAAUAAAUGUAUACAUAGAAUAAUAAAUCUUAAUAUUUAUUUCAAUUAUAUUUUUUUCUUAUUCUAAGUCUUACGAUAAUAUUUUGGUGAGGCGGCUGACGCUCCUUGGUUGGUCAUCGUCCUUUUUGUCCUUUCUCCAGGGCUACUGAGGGGCCUCCUUCCUCACACGGUUUGAAGCCAGCGAUCCGGGUUUUCCAAUUUUAUAUUUUUUAAUUUUUGUUUUUCAAAUUAUUUUACUUUCACUUUCCUUUUUUUGAAAGUGAACAAAUUUUCCCACGUGGAAAAUUUUUCAGUGCCACAACGUAUAAUUUUUAAUUUGUGGUUGUGCCUAAAGCUCUGCACACGUUCGCCGCCACAUUUAAAAAGGAAUGUUUAAGUACACGUCAGCAACAGGUCAGGUCAGCAUAACUGCAUUCGUCUUGCUUUUACGUUACGUUUCUUUCAGCACGUAAGCACGUUGCUGAUGUGCUGACAUGACGUUGCUAUGUUGUGUCAUUUUGCGCCAAUAUAAUUUGAGUUGGUCCCAAAUUUUUACUUAUAUUUUAUAAUUAUUAUUAUUUUUUUUUUUUAAGUAUUUACAUUUUUUGUUGCAAUUUUUUCCUUUUUUCCGUGGACCUCUCUUUGAAAAAAUGCCGAAUCGCUUAACUUUUAUAAAAUUUAGCUCGGGCGCCAAUUAGGUUUUUUAAUUAUAAAAAAACAUUUUUUUUAUUGGAGCAUAUGUAGCUCCUUUAUUGAGGUGUAAAUUACAACUGAACGACUCUGAAUUGACAACUGAAAACUCUAAAGCAACGCUGACACUGUUGGAAACGGUUAACAUUUUGUUCCACAGGAUUACUCUAGAUUUGUCAGCACUUGUUGCGGGUGCAAUAUAGCUUAUUGGUAAAAAUAAAAAGGGUUAUAUUGCCACUUAUAACUAAUUAAAAAAUAAUUAUGUUUUGUGUGGGGUAGCUUAUUUGGUGUUAACUUAUAUAAAAAAAAAAUUGUAAAUAUACUCAUGUUUUCAACCACUUAAACCCAAUAAAUACGAGCUGCAGAGCGAAUAGAGAAGGUACAAUCUUCUACAAGAGUGUACAGCUACUGGCGUAUGCCGAUGAUAUUGAUAUCAUCGGAAGCAACAACCGCGCCAACAAUCGGUUAAAGCGGUUUCUACGCCAAAUAUAUAUAUAUAUACCCACUUAAUCCCUUAACGGAAACUGCAUACAUACAUAUGUGCACUUAAAGUUUUUCAAAUAUUUGAAUAUUUCUUGCCAUUAUAGGAAAAAAAUGCAACAACAAUUUUAUGUACUAACAUAGGCAUUAUGAAUAUAUUUAUUUACAUAUAUAUAUAGUGGAAGCGAACAAAAAGUGGGAUAAUACACUUAUGAAUUGCAUAAAUCAUGUAACAAAAGCAUGGAAUACAAACGUCAAAAGCCAAAUAUUUGCAAACUGCAACAAACAAAAUUCAGAAUACAUGUUUUAACGUAUGAACAUAAAACUUUAGUGUUAGAGAAGUUCCACUGUAUUUGUUAUUCAAAUUUAUUAUUAAAAAAUUAUACAGUGUUUAAUAAUUUUAUUUGGUGAAAUUAACCGGGGAAAUUUUAAAGGAAAAUGAUGUUUGAUGACAUAUAUUUUGAACCAACUAAGCGGGAAAAUCAAUUAAUCGAGUCUAAUUAUCCGAGAAAAUUUACAUGUGCUUUCAUAUGCUAUAUUUUUUGCCCGAUAACACCGUUCAAUUAAAGGGGAAAACCAAUUAACCAUAGGGUCAAUUAAACGAAAAGUACUGUAGUUGGUUAGAAAUAAUUAAAAUAUUUAUAUAUGACAUGUAUAUACCUAUAUUUGGCGAUUAUCCACCAUUAUUUAUUGUAAGCAUAGGAAGUGAUAAUACCAAGAAUAUGAAAAUUAUUGUUUUGUUUUAGUUUUGCAAUUAAUUUCAUUUCUAUAAUACCUGUUGUUGUUGUAUAUUUUGCGUUGUAUUUCUAGGUCCAUGAUUUUUGUUACUUCUUCACACAAAGGACUACGAGUGCUUCUUCGAUCACACGGCGAAUUCUAGUACGAAAUUUGUAUUAUACGAUUUAGGAGCGAUUGCCGUUGUAUGUGUUGAAGAACUGCUGGUUGGAUUCCCCGCACCCAUACCAAGUAUAGCACCCUUCCCAUAUGGGAGUAAUACUUUAUCUACGCUUUGUUGUUCCUAAUUCUAUUUUUGUUAUCACCAUAACAUCCAUUACGUUGUUAUUAUUGCAAUGUUGGUGUAUAAUAAUGCAAUCUAAUCUGUUUCUAUGAGUUCUCUACCUGGAGUUGUGAUACUAUCAUUGUGUCAUUAUUAAAAGCUCUGUCUAAGGUGGUAUCCAGCUUAAGCUUAAAGCUCCAGUUACCGAUGCUUGACUUGACCUAGAGAGACUUGAGAACUGUCACAUAAAAGAUCCGUUUAAUGGGCCUUGCAUGUAUUUGAUUACCGAACGCAUGACUUGACUUGAAAGUCUGUUGAAUUUAGAACUCUAUGUUACGUUGACAUUUGUACUGCUCUCCCUCUCUCACUGCUUCUCUUUUCAUUCUCAUUAUGACACUAUUCCAGUGUUGCCUGAAUGUUUUCGUUUAAAAUUAAAUAUGUUAAAAUUCUAAUCUUUAAUAUUUAUAAAUCUUCAAAUAAAGAAAAAAUUAGAUAAUUCAGAGGAAAAUACCCUUUUCACAACAAUUAUUUUUUAAUGUGUUUAAUAAAAAAAUCUUUUAUUUUAUUUAUAACGCAAAUACUUGUUUAACUUUAAGUGCAAUAAACAAAUCAAAUCAAAUAGGUUCGAUAUGAGGAUAAUUUUUGCAACAGAAACAUAACUAUUGCGAAUCUCUCCAAGAAUUUGUGGUGAUCUGCUCAGAAAAAAUAUUUUGCGAAUUUAUGUAAUGAAAAAUUGAUUGUGAAUGUUCAAAUACAAUUUGAAUAAAUUAUUUAUUCACCUAUCAUUUAUACGCUUGGCUGGCUCCAAUUUAUUACAUCUUCUAACAAUUCUAAAUAUCGAAAAACUGAACUACGCGUGCACGUUUCUUUUGUGCUAUUCUGCUCAAAGCUAUAUUCAUUUAUGUAUUUAUUAAAGAGUUUCCUUUCAAACAGAAAAUCUUAACGUGUUCACAGAUUUCCUAAUAGUUAAGUUUUUUUGUAUACUAGUUUUAAAAUCUUCAAUCUUGGUGAUAUUGUAAUUUAAAAAACUUAGUUUUAAAGCUAAAUCUGAACAUCUGGCAACUCUACCCAGAAACUAUAAUAAUAACAGCUGAAGUUGAAGUUGUGUGAAGUAUAACUGCAUCUAAGUUUUCCAAGCCAAAUUUUUCGAAGCUGAGUCAAGUCAAGCAUCGGUAACUGGAGCUUAUGUUUUUCUUCUAAAGUUUGCAAAUAUCUGAAAAGAUAUACAUAUACAUAUGUAAGGAUUUAUAUUAUCAACUCACCCAUCUGCCUCCAGUGGCAUAAUCCUUGUUCUGCUUCUAUUUUUGGUUUUGCAUGUACGCACCAGACGUGCGAGACAAAAAAUGGAAGUCGUUUUUGGGGAAAACGAUUCAAACGGCGAUUUCAGCGAAUUGUGAGGUAAUAUUCAAAUGUUUUUGAUUGUAAAAUGUUGCGCAUUGAUGCCUUUAAAAUUGAUAUGAAUUUCACCCAAAAAUAAUUUAUAGUUUUUUUAAUUGAAUAUUUACUACAUUCGCACGAGACAUUUUUUUCUAUCAUAAUAUUUAUGUUGAUUGUGUUGUUAUAAUACGGAAUUAUUUAACAACAAAUACAAUAAAAUGGUUUAAAAAAGUAGUAAAUGUAUUUAUUUAUUUUAACUAACAUCCAACGAGAAACACAACAAAAAUUGUGUAGUAUGAAAUGAAAAUAGUAUUAUGAAUGUGAAAUACAAUUUUUUUCCAGAAAAUGCUGUCCUCGGGUAUAAAAAAUUUUUGGAUUUCGUUAUCUACCAGACUUUCCCUGAUAACUGCUCCCACACCCUCGACGGCUCCUUGCAAAAAAAUUCCAUUCUAGUGAAGAGCAUUUUAAUUAUUUUAUAAAAUCAACCAGGCUUGAUGAUAUAAAUUUGUUUUUAAACUGAGAACAGUUACCAUCAGAAAAUAUAAAUAUUUUAGAAAAUCAACUAAAGAAUUUCUUAAUUCUAGUUAAGAUUUUUAUCAAGAAAAUAAUAUGUUAUGCUUGCCACUUAUAAAAGCAAACGAUUUUCCUGACAACCUUGUUAAAAUGAGCACUCUUAUUUUGAUUUGUAAGCCUAUAAUUUUCGCCAAAAUCUAUUUGAAUAGCUAUUUCAGUGGAAUUUAAAGUGCGGGUUUUGCUCAUACUUAAUGUAAACGUAUCUAUUUACUUUUAUAAGACAAAAAAUAAUUUUCAAUUUUUGAACUCCACACCUACGAUGUCGCACGUGUAGGGAUGGUAAAAAAAUUUUUUUAAUCGAUUAAAUAAUCAAAUGAUUAAUUGCAAGAUAUAAAAAAAUAAUUGCAAUUAAUUGCAAUUAAUGUAAAAAAAUCGAUUAAUCUAUUAAUUCCAAUGAUUUCAAAUAAUACUAAAUUGCAUAAAGACCACCACCAGUUUCAGCGCCGAAUCUUCUAUUAUAAUGCUCUAUCACAGAGUCCCAGACAUAUCCAAAAAGAGAAAAUGGCCUACAUUUGAAGUUAAGUAGCACAAUGACAUUAAAUUUUUCAAAAUAUGCACAGAAAUCUUAAAGUAAAAUAAUUGCCUCUUGCUUGAAAUACUAUGUUUUGCAACUUUGCGUAAAAAUAAAACCAAUAAAAUAUAGGAGACUAUAUUCUUAUUUCAGACAUUCAAAUUGUGUUGGUAUAUACACAAAAACAAAAACGGAAAUAAAAUUCAAAUAUCGUAUUAAAAAUUCAUUUGUCUUAGCAUAAAGGAAAAUAUAUUUAUUGAAGUCAAGAAAAUUUAGAAGUCUGUUCAACCAAGUUUGAAGAAAAAGCAAUUUCGAUAAACGUUUUGUUGUCAAAAGAUUGCGUUUUUCGGUCGCAGUUGCACCCGCUUUUGAUAUUUGAGUUGAUAUUUAACGUAGUUAUUGCUUAUUUUAUUAAAAAAUGUCCAUACUUCGCUUUUAACUGGCGCCAUUGCACUUCAAACAACUGAACGUAAAAUGCGUUUGACUUAACUGUAAAUGCAGUGUUACCAGACUUUCAUUUGUUGAUAUUAAACUACCAUGACAUAUUAGAAUUUAACUAUGUUUACAACGUUUGCAGUCAUUAAUGACUGAUGUGACCAAUUUCGACCCUUGCAAGGUAACUUAGAUGAACAUAAAAUGUAUUAUAUUUCAAAAUACUGUUUGCGAUUAUUUUGCAAUUACUCGAGUAAUAGUCGAGUAAUUAGAAAAGGUGUUUCGAUGCAAUUAAAUCGUAAAUUGAAUGAAAAUAAUCGAUUAAUUUAAUCAAAUGAUUAAUCGUUGCCAUCCCUACGCACGUGACCUUUUUUAAGUAGUUACCAAAAUCACAAAUCUUCAGAUUUUUGAACAAGGCUUUUUAUUUUAAUUGUAUACAAAUUACCGUUUGUACUCAAAAUUUUGCGAACUUUCUGCUUAAUUUUUUGAUGCAGUGGUUGCAAGUGUUACUUUUUGAUGUCGCACGGGACAUUGAAAUAUAAGAUAAUAAGAGAACAAAAACUUACAGUUUGGAUUUGCAUUAUGUGCAAUCGCAUGCUUUCUUAUGCAUUUUAUUUUGCUCUUUGUACUAGAGCUCUUUUUAUUCAACUAAUCGACUAACCGAAUUAACCGAAUAGGGCAUUAUUCGAAUAAUAAUAUUCGGUUUGCACUAUUCGGAUAGUCGUCAGUCAUCGACUAUUCGAUUAACCGCUCACGUCCGACUAUUGUUAACUGUUCAUUAAAUUUCUAUUUUUAUUGAAAAAUGUGAAACACAAGAAAAAUGCGCACAAUUGACAUUUUCACAAGUAAAAACAAACAAAAAUCAAAUGCUGCUUGGAUUUCAAACAAUUUUCAUUUAUUCGAAUAGUGACAGUAUAACUAUUCGAAUAACCGCAGUAGAACGACUAUUCGAAUAGUCGUAACAUUGCGACUAAUCGAAUAGUGCUAACCGGUUAAUAUUCGUACGAGCGGUUACAAACCGGAUAUUCGAAUAAUCGGUUUUCAGGUUAAUCGAAUAAUUUUAAGAGCCCUUUUGUACCCUUAUAAAGGUUUUACACAAAGCAAAAAUUAAUACAUGAUAUGUUUUUUUUAACAACCGAAAUGAGAAAAGUAGCUCCUAUGCGACUUGGCUUUAGUCUAAUUAAUUUAAUAUAAAUAUAAAUAUUUUCUCAAGAAAAUAUGCAAAAACUUUGUAAUUCUUCCAGCGGAAAUGCACAUAUUUAGUUUAAAGUGAAAUUGUAUGUGCAAAAAUGUAAAAACAGGUCGAUUAUUAUAAAUGAUAUAUCAAAGCUGAUUUACGCUUCUGCUGAAUUAUCUAAUUGGUGUAUUUGUUCACAUUUACACAUUAUCUUGGUUCAUUUAAAAUGUAUGUUUUACAUCGUGAUAUACAUACAUUGGUCGUAAAAUUACUUGAUUUCUGUUCAUAAAAUUAAACUAAUGCUCAAGUUUGUUUUUAUUGGCAUUUAUCGAUCUGGCCGACCAUCCAUGUUUUUACAGAUCAAUGCAAGAAUGAUAGAAGACAAGAUUACGACAGGCUGAGCGUUCACGACCAACGAAUAGGAAUAGGCAACAGAAGAAUUGUCAAAUGGAAAACGGAAAUGUGAAACAGAGUGAACCAAAUUGAAUAAUGUGCAGAUAAACAGCCCUAUUCUCAUGCCCUCACAAAAAUCACCACACUCACUAUUGUGAGGUUUUUGGAUUUUGUGAUGAUUACCUUAUGCUGGAGAAAAUUCAAAAGCUCAAAUGCUCACAAUUUUCUCAAAUAUCUGUGACGUGUGAAAUAGAGAGCAGCUUCGGGUAUGUUCGAGUGUGUUCAAUCACACUAGCUUAAAUUCGGUACGAGUGUGUCGUAACACUCUUCAAACACGUGUUCGAUCGAGUUUAGAACCCGAAGCGAAAAUAACGCAAACGAACAAUCAAGACGGUCCUAUCUUCGAGUGCAAGCAGCAAACUCGGAUUUUAUGUAUAUUAUAUUUUCGGGUGUGUCGUGCACGUGUUGAUUGUGAUCGACACACUCGAGUGGCACUCGAAGAUCAAAAAAUAAUAGAUAAACAUACGUACACACAUAUGUAUGUAUGUUGGCGUCGGGAUGACGCGUUCUGUCUUAGCUUUUUUGGUUGAAUAAUUUGAAUAUUAGACGUACAUAGUACAUAUUAUAAAAGAAUAAUUCAAUUUAAGAAUAGAAUUCACUCAAAACUUAUUUUAUUUAUUAAUUCAUAAAUCAUAAAUAAAAAACAUUUCAUUGCACUUAAAUAUUUUAAUUUUUUUUAAAUCACAAAUUUCAGGUGUAGACCAGAUCAAAGUGUAUUCAACAAAGUGAACUAAGUAUUUGACACACCCGCUUUUGACAAUAAAAUAGUAAACAAUACAUGUAUUUGUUUACAUUAACCCGUCUUUUUUAACUUUAACAAUAUAAUAUAUAUUGAUAAAAUUGUUUGCAAUUUGUCAGUUGGAGCACAAAACCUUAGUAAAUUGCUUCCAUGAGUUGUUUUGCCUAAGCAGAAAGUAUUCGGCAUUUUCUUUUAUUCAUUUAAAAAAUAUUUUUUUUUGGUUUGAAGUUUGUUUACUUUUGAAUUUCAAAAUUUGAAUUUUUGAAUAAAUGUAUGGGUUAAAUCAAUGGCAACAAACAUGUCACAUUCGGGUAAAAAAUUGUGAUAAGUCAUAUACCUGGUUCACUUUGUUGAAUACACUUUGGACCAGAUAAGGUGUUUGUGCCAUUGGAAAUGUUCUCACAACCCGAAUUUUCUAUCGUUGUCAUUAUGAAUUAUAAAAAGUAAACAAAACAAACAAAACCAAUAAUCGUUGACAGUCACUACGCAAUAAUAGCAUGACUGCCAAUUACAUACAUACAUAUUCUGAAAUUUUGUGCACACUCGUGUGUGACUCGAUCACAUUCAAUACGAUCGGGUUAGAGUUCCAGCUCGUUCACAAACGAGUGUCAACUCGGCACUCUGUUAAAAUAAGCAUAUAUGCUUGUGGUUCGAGUGUCGCGAAAGGCUCGUUCGUUUUGAACAUGUCUCCAAGCGAUCAAUACGUGUAUUCAUACCGAAAAGUUUGAUCAAACAAAAUCAGAGUGGACAUUCGAGUGUGCACGAAAAUGAUAUAUCCGUUGCGUUUGUAAACAAAUGUGUAAAUAUUUGCGUGCUAUAACGAGCAUGGAGGAAUUGUUCUUUGAAAAAAAUGGCCUCUAUAAAAGUUCAGUUAUCGAAUAAUUGUGUUUAACCGAAUCUGGAGCAAUAUGGACGUACCUUGCAUUUUCAUUUGUUGAGCGAUUUGCUGCCUAAGUCCUAAAACUCUAAGAUCCGAUAAGGACGCAUUAUUUUUGUAAAGCAAAAGACAUUGACGCACAUCCUCUAUAGACGAUGAUUUACACCCAGGUUAUUUUUAUACUCUCGCAACAAAGUUGCUACGAGAGUAUUAUAGUUUUGUCCACAUGGUACGAGUGUGUCGUAACACUCUUCAAACACGUGUUCGAUCGAGUUUAGAACCCGAAGCGAAAAUAACGCAAACGAACAAUCAAGACGGUCCUAUCUUCGAGUGCAAGCAGCAAACUCGGAUUUUAUGUAUAUUAUAUUUUCGGGUGUGUCGUGCACGUGUUGAUUGUGAUCGACACACUCGAGUGGCACUCGAAGAUCAAAAAAUAAUAGAUAAACAUACGUACACACAUAUGUAUGUAUGUUGGCGUCGGGAUGACGCGUUCUGUCUUAGCUUUUUUGGUUGAAUAAUUUGAAUAUUAGACGUACAUAGUACAUAUUAUAAAAGAAUAAUUCAAUUUAAGAAUAGAAUUCACUCAAAACUUAUUUUAUUUAUUAAUUCAUAAAUCAUAAAUAAAAAACAUUUCAUUGCACUUAAAUAUUUUAAUUUUUUUUAAAUCACAAAUUUCAGGUGUAGACCAGAUCAAAGUGUAUUCAACAAAGUGAACUAAGUAUUUGACACACCCGCUUUUGACAAUAAAAUAGUAAACAAUACAUGUAUUUGUUUACAUUAACCCGUCUUUUUUAACUUUAACAAUAUAAUAUAUAUUGAUAAAAUUGUUUGCAAUUUGUCAGUUGGAGCACAAAACCUUAGUAAAUUGCUUCCAUGAGUUGUUUUGCCUAAGCAGAAAGUAUUCGGCAUUUUCUUUUAUUCAUUUAAAAAAUAUUUUUUUUUGGUUUGAAGUUUGUUUACUUUUGAAUUUCAAAAUUUGAAUUUUUGAAUAAAUGUAUGGGUUAAAUCAAUGGCAACAAACAUGUCACAUUCGGGUAAAAAAUUGUGAUAAGUCAUAUACCUGGUUCACUUUGUUGAAUACACUUUGGACCAGAUAAGGUGUUUGUGCCAUUGGAAAUGUUCUCACAACCCGAAUUUUCUAUCGUUGUCAUUAUGAAUUAUAAAAAGUAAACAAAACAAACAAAACCAAUAAUCGUUGACAGUCACUACGCAAUAAUAGCAUGACUGCCAAUUACAUACAUACAUAUUCUGAAAUUUUGUGCACACUCGUGUGUGACUCGAUCACAUUCAAUACGAUCGGGUUAGAGUUCCAGCUCGUUCACAAACGAGUGUCAACUCGGCACUCUGUUAAAAUAAGCAUAUAUGCUUGUGGUUCGAGUGUCGCGAAAGGCUCGUUCGUUUUGAACAUGUCUCCAAGCGAUCAAUACGUGUAUUCAUACCGAAAAGUUUGAUCAAACAAAAUCAGAGUGGACAUUCGAGUGUGCACGAAAAUGAUAUAUCCGUUGCGUUUGUAAACAAAUGUGUAAAUAUUUGCGUGCUAUAACGAGCAUGGAGGAAUUGUUCUUUGAAAAAAAUGGCCUCUAUAAAAGUUCAGUUAUCGAAUAAUUGUGUUUAACCGAAUCUGGAGCAAUAUGGACGUACCUUGCAUUUUCAUUUGUUGAGCGAUUUGCUGCCUAAGUCCUAAAACUCUAAGAUCCGAUAAGGACGCAUUAUUUUUGUAAAGCAAAAGACAUUGACGCACAUCCUCUAUAGACGAUGAUUUACACCCAGGUUAUUUUUAUACUCUCGCAACAAAGUUGCUACGAGAGUAUUAUAGUUUUGUCCACAUGGUACGAGUGUGUCGUAACACUCUUCAAACACGUGUUCGAUCGAGUUUAGAACCCGAAGCGAAAAUAACGCAAACGAACAAUCAAGACGGUCCUAUCUUCGAGUGCAAGCAGCAAACUCGGAUUUUAUGUAUAUUAUAUUUUCGGGUGUGUCGUGCACGUGUUGAUUGUGAUCGACACACUCGAGUGGCACUCGAAGAUCAAAAAAUAAUAGAUAAACAUACGUACACACAUAUGUAUGUAUGUUGGCGUCGGGAUGACGCGUUCUGUCUUAGCUUUUUUGGUUGAAUAAUUUGAAUAUUAGACGUACAUAGUACAUAUUAUAAAAGAAUAAUUCAAUUUAAGAAUAGAAUUCACUCAAAACUUAUUUUAUUUAUUAAUUCAUAAAUCAUAAAUAAAAAACAUUUCAUUGCACUUAAAUAUUUUAAUUUUUUUUAAAUCACAAAUUUCAGGUGUAGACCAGAUCAAAGUGUAUUCAACAAAGUGAACUAAGUAUUUGACACACCCGCUUUUGACAAUAAAAUAGUAAACAAUACAUGUAUUUGUUUACAUUAACCCGUCUUUUUUAACUUUAACAAUAUAAUAUAUAUUGAUAAAAUUGUUUGCAAUUUGUCAGUUGGAGCACAAAACCUUAGUAAAUUGCUUCCAUGAGUUGUUUUGCCUAAGCAGAAAGUAUUCGGCAUUUUCUUUUAUUCAUUUAAAAAAUAUUUUUUUUUGGUUUGAAGUUUGUUUACUUUUGAAUUUCAAAAUUUGAAUUUUUGAAUAAAUGUAUGGGUUAAAUCAAUGGCAACAAACAUGUCACAUUCGGGUAAAAAAUUGUGAUAAGUCAUAUACCUGGUUCACUUUGUUGAAUACACUUUGGACCAGAUAAGGUGUUUGUGCCAUUGGAAAUGUUCUCACAACCCGAAUUUUCUAUCGUUGUCAUUAUGAAUUAUAAAAAGUAAACAAAACAAACAAAACCAAUAAUCGUUGACAGUCACUACGCAAUAAUAGCAUGACUGCCAAUUACAUACAUACAUAUUCUGAAAUUUUGUGCACACUCGUGUGUGACUCGAUCACAUUCAAUACGAUCGGGUUAGAGUUCCAGCUCGUUCACAAACGAGUGUCAACUCGGCACUCUGUUAAAAUAAGCAUAUAUGCUUGUGGUUCGAGUGUCGCGAAAGGCUCGUUCGUUUUGAACAUGUCUCCAAGCGAUCAAUACGUGUAUUCAUACCGAAAAGUUUGAUCAAACAAAAUCAGAGUGGACAUUCGAGUGUGCACGAAAAUGAUAUAUCCGUUGCGUUUGUAAACAAAUGUGUAAAUAUUUGCGUGCUAUAACGAGCAUGGAGGAAUUGUUCUUUGAAAAAAAUGGCCUCUAUAAAAGUUCAGUUAUCGAAUAAUUGUGUUUAACCGAAUCUGGAGCAAUAUGGACGUACCUUGCAUUUUCAUUUGUUGAGCGAUUUGCUGCCUAAGUCCUAAAACUCUACGAUCCGAUAAGGACGCAUUAUUUUUGUAAAGCAAAAGACAUUGACGCACAUCCUCUAUAGACGAUGAUUUACACCCAGGUUAUUUUUAUACUCUCGCAACAAAGUUGCUACGAGAGUAUUAUAGUUUUGUCCACAUAACGGUUGGUUGCAAGUCCAAAACUAAACGAGUUAGAUAUAGGGUUACAUAUAUCAAAAUGAUCAGGGUGACGAGACGAGACGUCUGUCCGUCCGUCCGUGCAAGCUGUAACUUGAGUAAAAAUUGAGAUAUCUUGAUGAAACUUGGAAGACGUAUUUCUUGGCACCAUAAGAAGGUUAAGUUCGAAAAUGUGCGUAAUCGGACCACUGCCACGCCCACAAAAUGGCGAUAACCGAAAAUUUGGUACAAAGGAUUGUUCUAGGAAGGGGCAUAUUUGGAUGUAAUUUUUUUGGGGAAUUGGGCGUGGCCCCGCCCACUACUAUGUUUUUUGUACAUAUCUCGCAAACUAAUUAAGCUAUAUCAAGGAAACUUUCUAGAGUCGUUUCUUUUAGGUACUACCUUAUAGAGUCCAAAAAUGAAAGAAAUCGGGUCAUAACCACGCCCACCUCCCAUGCAAAGGUUACAUUGAAAAUUAUUAAAAAUGCAGUAAGUUCAGUAAGGAAAACCACCAGAAACCUUAAAUUUCAUUGUAAAGAUGGUACAGAAGAGCUGCUCUCAAAAUGGUAUACAAAAUUUUAAAUGAGCGUGGUUCCGCCCACUUAUGGGUCAAAAACCAUAUCUUCCUUACUUGUUUUAUAAUUCUUUUGUUUUUUUAACUUUCGACUGUAAAUACGCGAUUUCAUUUGUUUCAUUUGUUUACAAAUUUUACAUCAAGUUGAAUUUAUUUUGAAUUUAUUUCUUUUGAAACAACUGUUUGACAGCAAAAUGCUUUUCACCUCAAUUGGUGACUUUUUCAAGCUUUUUUCUUAUGAGGUUCGAGCCAGAAUAGACUCACAAAAUAUACGUCACAAGAAACCUCACAAAUUUUUCCUCACAACUCAGUUAUGAGGUUUUUUCAGAAUAGGGCUGAAAAUAUCACAUUGAACGUAAUUCUUAAAAUCUUCAUUUAUAAAAUGAUCUAAUAUAAUCAUGCAUAUUUAUAAUUAAAAUUAUAUGUUUUGUUACAAAAAGUUCGCCAUUUUGCCAACUUUUUUGUUGUUUGGAAAAGUGAGAAAAAAAUCUUUAUAGACGACUUUUUUGUACUAUUGUUGUUUAAUUCCGCCAUUGCGGACUUCUUUUUCAAAUUAAUACAUUUUUCACUUAAAAUUUUAAAUAAUAAUUAAGCACAAGCCUUGACUUCAGCUCUUUGUUUUGGUUUUAUUGUUUUGUACCACCGUGCAAUUUUGUUUUGCUCGCGUGUUCGUGGUCGUGAAACAUGUCACUCAACAGGAACUCAAAACUCAAAAUAACUAACUGUAAACGCAUGACGUAAUCUUGUCUUCUAUCAUUCUUGGAUCAAUGUACAUACAUGUAACCGCUUAAUAUUGGGGUUUUAACUAAAUUCGUGCAGUUUACCAAAGAUGGCGUAACUUGAUUAUUAUUGCAUUGUUGAAAUAUUCCGAAUAUGAUUUGGCAGCAAAUAUUAUAGUUCAUUCGAAUAUGUCGAACUUUGUGCCAGGAGUUCUUUUUCAUAACUUUAAUAUGAACAAAGCCUCUGCAGAAAUUCUACGUAUUUUGCCAAGUUGAUGCUGAAUAUUCUCUAGCAAAAUAUAUGAAUAUACUAUACCAAAAGUGGUGCUUGGAAGACGAAAGAAAAGCGUUCUGGGAACUAAAAAAUUUUUGAAGAAUAGGAACUGGAAACAUUACUCGAUGAAGAUUGUUUCCAAAUGCAAGAGCUUGCAAAAUCUUUUGGAAUCAUUCAAACAAUCACUUCAAAAUGCUUAAAACCGGAUAAAUUCAAAAACAUGGAAAUUGAGUGCCAAGAGACGUUGAAAUACGAUUUUGAAUGUCAGCAAUGCCGCUUAAAAGCUACAAAAAGGAAUCAUUUUUGCAUGAAACAUGGGAAACGCAAACUAAAUCGAGCGAUUGUCAAAAACGCCCAUAAUUUGCAACCGAAACCGAAAACGAGGCAAUAAUUAUGAUAGCACACAACUCUGAGGACACGAUCCCUCAGCUGGUUGUGCAUCUGCAGGCUUAUUUCUUUAGAUUUUCUCGACAGUUUAAGGGGCUAUACUAGAGUAACCCAUAAAAAAAUAGGCGAUUUUAAGAGGGCUAUACCAGUGUCACACUUUCAAAAAAUUAUUUUGCUUAUUCUAUAGUUUAUACUUACAAAAAUUUCCUUGGAAAACGGCAAGAAUAUGUCUCAAAUUAUUACUUAAUUAAUUAAUAAUAUAUUUUUUUGUCAUAUUGCUAGAAUGGUUGGAAUCGUGGGUAUGGUAACGGUUGUUGAAUUUUUAACUUUCUUUGUUUUGCUGUAUUCUUGUAAUGUUAAUAAAUAAAUUAUAGAAAAAUUAUUGUAAAAAUAUGCACCGUUUUUUUACUGCGUUUGAAAAAAGCUUUGAAAUUCAUGCCUCUACACCAGAAUACCCCUUAAAGGAAACCUACCAAGUUUCUGGCAUAGAAGUUAAUUUUUCAUAUCCCAUUUUCCUGACACGUUCUUUUUAAAUAUUCACCCAUUAUUGGUUAAAAUUUGUUUGUUUCGUUUAAUUAAAUUUGUGCUGAUUUUUAUUGAACUACAAUUAUGUAUAUUUUAUAGCUUCAAUAUAUAAAUACAUAAUAUUAUUUAUUUUUAUACUGACGUCAACUAUUUAAAUUUACUUGUGUUCUUAUUUGCAUCCGCCUUACUAAAUAUAUACAUUUGAAUUUGUUUAACGAGCAUAUUUAAAUGCGUGAGUACAUAUGUAUAUUUUAUUUCGUUUCGUGUAUUCGUGUGAAAAAAAAAUUAAAAUGUAUAUUAAAAAUAUAUAAAAAAUAAAUAAUAAAAAAGUUAAAAAUAAAAAAAACCUUCCACACUAUCUGUGUAAUUUAAACAAAGCAAUUGCCAUUUAUCUUAAAAUUGAUAAUGGUAUUAUAAAAUUGUAUGCUUGAAGUUGUUGAAUAUUCCAUCGAAAUGAGUUUUACAGCCGGUUUCACGAAACAAAUUUAAGUAUUAAUUUCAGUUUCAUCAUUUGACUUAAUUUUUAUUUAAAUGGUCACGCUUUGUCAUUUAAAUAUUAUUUAAAUACUGUCAUAUGUAACGUUUUUCUGUCAGCUGAUUUCCAAUUUGUUUCCAUUUUGACAAACAAAUACAACUUUUUUACAUAAAUCAGCGUUAUUCUUACUAACUUACCUGUUAAUUUUUUGGAUGCCAAAUGUCAAUAAUGGUGAAACGCAGGAAACUUAAGUGCAAAGUUAAAUAAAAAUAAAAAUUAAAGGGAACUUAAUUUUCAAUUACCACCGGCUAUUAGUAAUAGCCGAGACACACAUGUAGUAACUAUACUAUGGUUCGUUCGAAUACCAGAUGUGUGUCUCCAAAUACCAGCACUUUACCAUGUGAGCAAUGUAGUAUUUUGCUGGUAUCGAGGUGUGUCAAUGUACGUAAUAAACACAAUAUCAUAAAAUUUUUAUCAUUCUAUUUUUACAUGUGUGUCUCGGGAUUAAUUUAUAUUUUCCACCAGGUCGCAACAGACGAAUUAACAAAAGGUAAAAAUAUAAGAUCAAUGAAAAAUGUAGGUAAUUUUAGUGAAGGUAAAUGUCUAAAGAAAAGGUACCCUCAAUAAAAAUUAAUAAAUUUAAAGGGUUGCUAUAACUAAUUUAAUGUUAUAAUAUGAACUUAUUGUUACCAUAACGAAUUUAGACCUAGGAGGACACAUUGCCUACUCAUUUAGUACUAAUGAUCUAUCUUAUUUUUAAUUACAUGCAUAUCUCAAAAUCAUUUAAUUAAAUAUUAAAUACUUCCAAUAUCUCCCGAUCUAUAAUCAGCAUAAUGUGUUGUUUUUGUAGUUAUUAGAAAUAAGUGUUACAAGUAUUCUUAUGUAUGUAAAUGUUACGACAGAAAUAAUGUUUUGAAAAAUUACAUAUUAUGUCGUUAAACACAAUAAGUAAUAAAGAGACAUUAGCAUUGAAAAGCUUAUUCCUCAAUUAUUUUCUAUUGUUAAAAAGAGUGUAUAUGUGUCGUUUAUUUAAUUAAAAUAACCUUAACUCUAUUAUCAGUAUCAGUAAGUUGAAUAAAAAAAUAUUAAACAUUACAUUUCCGCUGGAAAUAUAUUUUUGUGUUUUGGAAUAAUGAAAUCUUGUCUUAUCCUUAAGUACUUCUCUAACUAUUUGUAAGAUUCUUCUUCUAAUAAUUUUCUUGAUUCAAUUUAUAUAAUGAAAUGCAUUUACAUUACUUCAUAAUCUAAAGAUUCAAUAUGACUUGCCUUUCAAACUGGCUGGGCAGUGUUGAUGCCAUUAGAUUUAUAGAUUUAUUUGUAUUUUUAAAAUUAGAGAUCAGGCGAUAUAUUGCCCUUAAGUUGGUAAGUUCUUAAGAGAUGAAGAUGAUUUAGAUUUACUAUGAUUUUUAGUAUUACUUUUCAAUAGAUACAGAUGUUUUAGUAAAUCAUGACAUGCAAAGCGUUGUCUACCAAAUUUUUAGCAUCCGUGGUUUGCUUGUGUAUCAGAAAAUAUUUACACACAAGGUGGAAGACGGUAUUCGAUUAUUUUCAAUUAGGUCCCAGGCUUUCUCUUAUAACCAACUGUUGAAUUCCAUGGAAAAUGUUCGAAUAUUGAAUGUGAGAAAGAUAAGAACCUAUAUUUUUUUCGCUAAAGAAAUUUUUCAAUUGAAGGUUUGGUUGAUAUGGAACUUGACGUGGAAGCUGAAAAGAAAAAAUAAAAUGAAUCAAUUAAAUGGCAUGUUAUUAAUUAAAAAUGUUAAACAAAAAAUAUUGGUCAUGAGUCUAAAUUGCCUUACUGAUACUCAAAACGUUGUUGUGGAAUAUUGCUUCGUAAAUUUUCAAUGGCUACCCGAAACCAUUAUUGGUUAAUUUAAUUGAAUAAAUUAAAAAAUAAGUUGAACAGUUGUCUGAGUUUAAAACUUCUGUAUACUAUGAUAAAGUAUAUGUGAUACAAGUAUGGUAUUGGGUCGCGCUCUUUUAUAUAAAAUGUACAUAUUUAGUUCUAUUAGAAAAUCAUACUAUUGCUAUCAGAGUUAAUUACAUCUAUUACUAAUCAUCGGUUUAAAAUCGAAUUUCAACAACUAUUGGAUUCCACAACAACCCUGACUAUGUAAUUAAUAUUCAUUACCUUCAAUGUCGUCUUUUAAACUGUUUGUUUGGCAGCUUAGUCCUGAAGGAGUGGAAAUGUUAGGAUCUUCUAUGUUUUUUUUAUUCAGUAAUGAUGACGUUGGAGGUAAUUCGUUAGAUUUUCCUACUGGAACGGAAUUAUUGUGUCCGACGUCAUGUUGAUUCUUUAAUUGUCAUUUCACCAA